AUGAGCAAAAAAAAUUCCAAGAAUCUAGGUAUAAAUAUCAAAUGGAAUUGUUUUUAGGAGUUUAAAAUUACUUACAGAACAGAAGAAGCAUUAGUAGUUUAAUAAUGCUUUGGAUCUAUGCCCUCAAUUUGGCGAAGCCUACACUUUAAGAAGUUCAAAGUUUAAAAAAUCCAUUUAUAAAAUGAUAUGAAAAAAUAAAAUUAUAUGUGGAAAAUGUAAAUUAGAAUGCUGAAAGCUAUUAUUAAAGAGGUAUCUUAACAUUUAAGGAACAAUUUAUAGGAAAAAAUAAUUAUUUGAUCUAACUUUAUAAGAUUAUAUGAAGUGUGUUUAGAUUAAUCCAAAAUUUGCAAAGUGUUAUAGUAGAAUGGGUAAUAAAAUACUCAUAAUGCAUAGGCACUGUUAUGAGCGAUUUAUAAUAACAGGAUGUUGCGCUCUAAAAUUCUAAUUAGU